UUCAUCACAGUAAUCUGCCCUUUGCUGACAUUUUGAUUAUAAGAACUGGGAUGGAAACGACCGAUCAUCAUCGUGUAAAUGUGUGCUGCCCAAAAUGUAGAACAAUCUAAGACCAAAAGAAGAAGAAAAAAGAAAUAAAGCUGUCAUCACUUAGAUCUACAGUCUACUUGUGUACAUUUUCUAGGCUGAACAAUUUUGAUCUCAACUUUUAGAUAUAGAUCUCCAGAGACAUGAGUGGAAAUACAUGUUCUCACAAUGAAGCAGAUGCUCCAGUGCUAAAGUGUUUUGUAGUUGGAGCUGGUUCAAGAGGAUCUGUGUAUGCAACAUAUGCAAAAAUACAUCCACAAAAAGUUAAGGUUGUUGCUGUAGCUGAACCUCAAGAAGAAAGGCGAAACCGUUUCGUCAAAGCUUAUAACAUUCAAGAUGAAAUGGUUUUUACUGAUUGGAGAGAUGCUGCCAAAUUAGAGAAAUUUGCAGAUUUUGUUAUUAUAGCAACACUAGACAGAGAUCAUAAAGAUCCAGCUGUUGCUUUUGCCAAAUUAGGAUAUGAUAUAUUGCUUGAAAAGCCGAUGGCGGUUACUGAGGAAGAAUGCAGAGAAAUUGUUAACGUUUGUAAAAAGAGUCAAGUUCUUCUUGCAGUUUGCCAUGUACUUCGCUAUACACCUUGGGUGACUAAGAUCAAAGAGAUUAUAUCAGCAGGACACAUUGGUGAGAUUGUAAGCAUUCGUCAUACAGAGCCAGUUGGCUUUUGGCAUUUUGCCCAUUCCUUUGUUAGAGGAAACUGGCGUAAUGAGGCCACCAGUAGCUGUAGUCUAUUGGCUAAAUCUUGCCAUGAUGUUGACCUCAUUAACUAUUGGUUGAGUCCUAGAAAAUGUGUCCGUAUAUCAUCAUUUGGAAAGCUGACACAUUUCACCAAAGAGGAUAAGCCUGCAGGUGCUAGUUCUAGAUGUUUGGAAUGCUCUAUUGAACCAAAUUGUCCAUAUUCUGCUAAAAAGAUUUACCUAGAUCGACUUGCAAAGGGAGGUUCUGGUUGGCCAGUCAGUGUGAUUACCAAUGUGGUGGAUAUUGAGAAUGUGACAGAAGCUUUAAGAUCUGGUCCUUAUGGGAAAUGUGUCUAUGAUACAGACAACAAUGUUGUUUCUCAUCAGGUUGUCAACUUCCAGUAUGAUGAUGGUGCUACUGCUUGCUUUAAUAUGGUGGCCUUCACCAAACGUUUGUGUGCAAGAGAAGUUAAAAUUUAUGGUACAAAAGGGGAAAUCGCUUUUGAAGAUGGUUGGAGAGAUGUCCAAGUCUUUGAUUUCUUAACCCAGGAAACCACUACUUAUGAUGUAACUAGUGAUCAUAAUGUCUCAAUGGGUGGCCAUGGUGGAGCUGAUUUUCAUCUGAUGGAAGCUUUUGUUGGAACUCUACAGGGUGAGAGGAAUGACAUUGUCACUGGCCCUGAAGAAUCACUCAAUAGCCAUCUUCUUGUAUUCGCUGCAGAGAAAGCCAGAAAAGAAAAUAAAGUGGUUUCAAUCAGUCCUGAUGGAAUAUUUGAGUAAAUGUAAUUUAGUUGAAAUAGUUUCUUGUGAAGAUUCUUUGGAUGAGGUCAGCUGUUUCAAUAUCCAUGAAUCUGUCAGAAAAACCAAUGACUAAGUAGGGUUUUAGUUUCUAAUCAACAAAUUGAUACAUGUAAGGUGUAAUUAUCUUCUAUUUUAAAGAAAAAUAUGUAAUUUAUAACAUAAAAAAUUAAUUUACAUAUAUUGAACACUAUAGCCCAGUUGUUAUGACUUUUUUUUUUUUUUUUUGGAUAGGUCUGUAUUGGAUAGGACAUAACUGAUGAAACUUGAGUUGUAGAUAUGGUUGAUGAGGCUUGAACUGUAGUACAUAUUGACGAGACUUGAUUUGUUACAACUGUUGAAGUUUUUUAACUCUUUCACCACUAAGCAGUUGUCAGAACCUAUCUACUACAUCCCUAAGAGAAGGGAUAUAUCUCCGUAUCAGUUAUUUUAAAAAUCAAUUUUAUGACUAAAUUCACAGAAAAAAACUAAUACAACCUAACAAAAACCUUCUUUUUAUAAUAGAAAGAAUAGACCUAUGGUUAAUCAUCAUGUUUAAAGUCAUAAAUAGGCCUGCAGAGCUCAAAAACAUUAAUAUGUCAUGUCAUAUUUAGUUGCCUUCCAAUCUCCUGUUUGACUAGAUUUAACAUAUUCAAUACUGGAUCUAACAUCAAUUUUUGAUUCAUUUUCACUACUAUCGGUCUCAAAUGGCUCUAAAUCACUUACCCCAAUCAUUAUAUCCUUAUUCUACAGUUGAAACAUUAAUAUUCCCAUUAAAUCUUAUUCUAUUAAGGCCUACACAUAAGCCUUGAAGGCUAGCAAAAAUAAAACGUAAUUUUCAAAAAAUCUUAAAAAUCCAUUCUAACAUGCUGCAGAUACAAAAUAAACACCUAAAAAAAGCGUCAUUAUCGCUCUUCUAGGUCAGAGUUAGUAAAGUCUAAAUAUUUAUUUAAAAACUAGCAGUGCGUGCGUAAACGAAACAACCCAAAAUCUGCGAUUGCCGGCAACUCUAGUUGUCUACCAGUAGCGGCGACUCUAGUUGCCAAAUGGUUAAUUACAGGGAUAUUAGACUGGCUUGAAAAAUUUUUCAUUAAUCACUAUGCAUGAAGCUCCACUGUCUCGUAGUGAGCUCGUGACCAUUCCAUUGACAAAUGCAGGAUAGAAAAUGAGCUUCUUGUUCAUGUCUAUGAGUUCCAAGAGUUGCGGCUGAGUUGACAUAGUCUGUAAUCUCUAGUCAUGUUAGUUUCCCAUCUGUUUGAGGUAUUUCUGUUGUAUCGGCCUUGUUCAGAGCCAUCACGUCUGGAUUGUCUAUAAUUGUUCUGAAAGUUGUUUUUGGUGUUGAAUUGCUGUCUUCUUUGAUAGUUCUGGGGGUUGACGUUAUUGAUGGUGCUGUAUUGCCUCCUUCCUCUGUCAUUAGGACUGUAGCUUUGGUUUACUCUAGUGUCUCUUUUGUUGUCAUAUCGAUUGUUCUGAUAUACUGUUGCCACUUCUAUACUGGAAAUUACUUCUAUUGUUUGUUUUACAUUGGCUUUAAAUGUGGCCCCUUCUGCCCCAAUUAAAGCAGGUUUUAUCAUUGUUGCUGUACCUGAACUUGCUUGAAUCGGUGUUAAUGGUGGCAGUUACUUGAAGGUCUCUUCUGUCGAUGGUGUGAUUAGGAUGGCUGUCCUUAAAUAGGUUCAGGUUAGUUAUGAGCUCUGUUUCAUUUCUAAUCUUCUUUUCUUUCAGGAAAGUGAAAACCUCUGUAACAUUCAACAGCACACUAUCAAUUAAAAACAUGUCAAUGACUUCGUCUGGUUUCUUCAUAUCACAGUUGAAGAGUUCAAGCCACUUUAAGAUAUUUUGUUUAAUUUCAAAGAUAAUUCUGUUAUAAUCUCCAUUCUUUUGUAAUCUAAUGUCUCGAAAGAGUUUUUUGUAGGGGUCCUCGGAUUUGCCAAAGUGCUUGAGGAGUCUGCUCUUCACAGCCUUGUAGUCAGUCUUUUGUUCGGGUGUGAAUGUAGCUAUUAUAUUUUGCGGUUCACCUGCAAGAUUAGCAAGUAGGUGCUUAGCCAUAUCUUUAGGAGACACAUCGUAUGUUGAGGCAAUGUGCUCGAAUUGCACAAGGUAGUUUUCCAGAGUUUCAUUUUUUUCGUUGAAUUUUUGUAGAAUUUCGAGACGUAUGGUUUGGCUUGCUGUGUCUGUGAUAUUAUAUAUGUUGGGAUUCACCUUUGCAGCUUCAAGUUUAGCUAACUCAACUAUUGUGCCUUCAUUUCUUUCUCUAUUUCUUUCUGUCUCGUUUCCAGUUCUUUCCUCUCUUUCUGAUGAGCUCUCUCUGCAGCUCGUUCAUUUCGUUCUCGUUCGGCUUUCUCCUUUUCUUCCACUUUUUCUAAUUCUCUUUCGAUAAAUUAUGUUUUCUUCUCACCCUUCAAUUCUAAUUCUCUGGCCAACUCCAAGAUUUUAUCAUUGAUUGGUAUGGAUAUAGAUAUUAAGUAGGAUUUAAAUAUGUGUAUAGUAAUGAACUCUGUAGUGAAUGCUUAGUUCAAUUAUCUAUUGACAAAUAAUAAUGUCUCACAAGAAGCGUGAUAAAUAUGUCACUUUGUAAUCAAUAUAAUAGAUAGCCAAAUGAUGAAGGUAUCAACUUAGUGAUUAAUGUGUGUCAACUUAGUAAUUAGUAGCUAAUAAAUGUAUCAAUCUUGUAAUCAAUGUGUGCCAAAUACUAUGCACAAAUUGUAACAAAUGUUGUGCCAAAAAUGUAUCCACAAAAUAAUCAGAGUGCGAGAAAUGUAUCAAAAUAAAAUAAACUUUGUAGUCAAUGUGUGCCAAAUGCAAUGUACAAAUUAGUCACUAGUAAUAAGUGUUGUGUCAAAAUGUAUCAACACAAAAUGUGAUCAUAGUAUGAGAGAUGUAUCAAUACAAAAUAAGUACAAGAGCUCAAACAAAUAAAGCUAUAAUCAAGUGAUAGUAUAUAUGUACAUAAUAAUUCAAAUAUAUGAUUUUAACAAAGUUAUAUAUGCAGUGAAAAAUGAAAUAAAAUGAAAAAUUAAUGAUAGUAAGAAAGAGAUAAGUUAAAGGAUAAAUGACAAACACAAAAACAAUAUGUAUAACAAUACAGUCUGCCAUAAAAGAAAUCAAUAAAUAGAAGAAUUUGACAAGAGAAUCACAAAUAUGUAAUUACAAGACUUACACAAACAAACAAGAUGAAUACGAAGAGAAAUUACACUACAAUUGUUCAGACAAAACCAUAUACGGCUAAACAAAAAAAAAUUCUAAGUGAUCUAGAAGUCCCUACCGAACAAGGCUGGUCUACUCUGACCUUAUUAGGACUAACAAGAGCAAAAAGAAAAUCCCUUAAGAUUCCUAUCAGAUGAAGUGAAAUGGAAUGGGAGAAAUAAAUUGUGCCGCUUCAGUCUUAAAACAUAAGACAGACCCACACCAUCCGCCCUUUGAAACAAUUAUACAUAUAAAAAGAAGAAUUCAGUGUGCUUUAGCUAUUAAUGAGCAAUUAAUCAAUAUAAAUAGUUAUUUCAAAUUUCUCCACAAAAUUAUAACUUCCACCGACCAAAUAAAUGCUCAAUGUAAUUUAAUAUAUAAUGAUAAAUUCAUAUAUACAAUACUUAGUAAUGACUUAGUCUCAUUCUGGCGUGCUGAGGUGUAGCUAAGUUCAAUCCUCUUAAUGUCGAUCUCUCACAUACAACAUAGUAGUCCAAUAGUAAUCCAAUAGGUAAUCCACUUAAUAUGAAGCACAAUAAUGAAAUGAGGUAUAAUAAUCCACUAGGUAUGCAAAUAAUCCAAUCAGUAGACUAAAAAGCGCGACGAUGUAGGAAGUACCAAAAUAAUCCAGAGAGGUGACAGGUAUAUAAUAAUCCAAUUAGUUCAGUGAACGCCAAUAUAGUAAUCCAUCAGGUAAAAUACAGUGAUACUUCAAGGGGAUAAAGAUAAAUAAUCCAAAGUACUUGAGCGGUUACAAAAUAAUCCAAUAGUAGAUGACUAGCUUGUAAAAUCCACGAUAUCUUGUAAUGACAAGGUGUCAGAUAGAAACAGCUUAAAUAGAAAGCUUAAUACAAUAGUGGUAUUAUUUGCUUGAAUUUAAAUGUACCACAAUUUUCUACCGUAUCAUGACAGUGAACAAAUAUAUAGGUGAGUCUUAAUCGACGUACACCUCGAUGAUCGGAAACUUGAAUGGCGUCAGAUUCUGGGUCGAGUUAACAUGUACAUGCACAUCAGUUCCAACUAUAGUACCUCUGGGGUUGCCUUAAUUUUCACCCACACAUCGAUGUUUCAGGGUUGUCUCUGCUGUCUUCUGUUUCAUCCACGCAGAUGUACAAGGUUGUAGAUGGUGAUGUUAAUACUGGAUCUUAAGAUGUCAGCAAAAAUGUUUCUUGAAUUUACUGCCUUGAUAGCAAAAAUAACUUCCAUGUAUAACAAUCCCAGUCGUGUGUAGAGGUCAGUGUGUGUUCAGGUCAACCAGUAAAAAUGCAAGCGCUGGCUAGUUCAAUGACAGUGGACUUGAAUACGCGUGAACUAGUUUCGCUUGAGUAGUAACGUGUUGACUGGCUUGUUACAGUUUAAAAUAGUAAAUGUAGAAUAAAUUCAGUUGAAAUGCUAUCAUAGUCACCUUAACUUGUACUUUGAAGAAAAAUCUUGACAGACUUCACGAUUUUAGCAAUCUUCAUGACGAAAAAUAGUCCGUGUUCCUAAGUUCCUGCUCCAAGAAGUCUGUGCUUGUCAAGGACACAUACAGGCCACCAAAAAUGUAAAAGGUUCUAUUGUGGGUUGACGUAGUAUUAUAAUAUUACACAUGAGGCUGGUUACUAUUAGUGGGUUCGUACUUUCUGGAGUCACACUUGACACGUGACAGACACAGACAUUAUAGAUUGACUCAAGUUCUCUUUGGCAGACAAAUAUGAUGUUUAUUUAAUGACGAUUAUAACAAUACUGCACCUUAUUGGCAGUUACAUCAAGACUUCUGAUGUGAAACAUAAUUACUUCCGCAUAACAGCGGUAUUGAAUAUCCAAGAGUGUUUCUCAGUUGGGUAAGUCUUCUACUUGAUACAAACUUUUUCCAGCAGCAAAGCUGAAUUAACAAAGUUUCUCAUUUGUUGGGAGAUAGACAUUGUUAAGGAUGUUUCUCCCUUUGCUUUCAAGUGACUUUUAAUGAUUGCAUUUCCUUCAUUUCUAUGAAGUAUCCUACUUUGGUCACAUUCUAUUAUGUCAUCCAUGAUAUUAAAUGUACUCUCUACCAACGGGCCAGUGAAUAUUGAUAGCAAACUUUUAACAAUUAGACAUAAUGGAUAUUUCACUUGGUCUGUUGAUAGCUCUUUCAUUUUAACAUCACUCCACCAGUCUGUAUCAAGACGAAAAUCUAGGGUUGUCUCAUCAGCAUAUGAGUCAAGGCUUGAUCAAUAGUAUACAACCUGAUCUCCCUAUCAAGCAUACCUCAUUUAUCAGAGGAAAUGACAUUUGGCUAUUUUUCAGCCAGCUUUGCCAAGGCAGCUGCUGUAUCAGUUGAUCGCUGUAACCUAGGAUCUAAGGCAGAAAGCUAGAUGAAUGUGCUAUUUAGCAGAGGCAUCAUUCUCACUUCAUGAGCUGCAUUUUGGUAACCUACUCUUACAGCAUUGAAAAAGUAAUUGAUUACUUCUUUUAUUUUUAUUUCAGCCUUUGUUAUACUUUUCUUUAAUUUCAGCGCUAAACCUUCUAAUUUAGACUGGCUCUCUUUUGUUAUUCCAUAUUUCAAAAAAACAACUUGUCUAGGUCAGUUUUGUGUUCGCACGCUCAAGUGUGGAUAAAAAUCCAUAAUAUUAGAGAAUCCAAAGAGUCCCACAAUUCAUCAAAUCUGCUACAAACGUCCUUCAUUUGUACAAGUUACUGUGUAAGUAGCAGCAGUUCUUCCCGUUGCAGUUAUGUUGAGUGCUUCGGUAUCUUGUGCAAGGUUUUUGCACAGGUCAAUAAUUGGAUGAGAAAGGCUUUAAGACAAUUAGUGCUCAGCUAAGAAUGAGCCAACUAUUAUUCUGUUGUCAAGGACUCUGAAAUAGGGCUUUUUUUCAUUGAACUAUCGUAUGUACUGAUGGCACCAGGUAUUUGAUAGCUGUUUCUUGCACUUGAAAAGGCUAUUAAAUGUGAGGCAUUAUUAGAAUGGUCCAUCAAACAUUUUUUGCCUGAAGAGCUAUAUAACAGUGUUUGAAAGCAGACAAUGCAAUACAGGGUUUCUGCACCAAAGUCAAAAUGAAAUUCCAGGAGUUUUCCUGGAGAAAUUUUAAAAUUCCAGUACAUACAAUUCGCGCCAAAAAUGUAUAAAAAAUUAUAUAGCCAAGGUUGGAAUAAUUUAGAUUUGAUUACUAAAUAAAAUUAACAUACUCAAGAUAUUCAAUUUCAGAGUCCACUGAUCUCUCUCACUUUGGUAUCGAUUUCCUAAGUGAGUUUUUCUAUCUGCUCCUUCUUAAGCUUUGCAGAGCUAGGCAAAGCAUUAGAUUCAAUUAAAUAUUUGUGGCUAUUUGUGUUCUCUACCUUUUCUGCCAGUUUGUCUGCAGUCAGUGAGGCUUGUAACAUCCCUUUCAAACCUAGCUUUUUUGGCUUUCAUAGCCUCAAGUUCUUCCAAUUGAUUAUCCCUUUUCCUUUUUAUGUUUUUUCUUUUCUCCUCCUCAGCCCUUUCUAUUGGGUAAAUUCUGUAUUUUGAUCUGGCUGAAGCAGCAGCCAUUCGCAUGUUUGAAGAAAUUAAUAAAUUUGUAAAUCCUCAAUUGUUUUGAUGCUGUCACAAAUCAGUCUCUUAGCUAUAAGAGUUCUCUCGAUCAUGUUGAUGCACAUAGUCUCUUUAUUAACACUAAAUCCUCUUUCCACCUGGGCUUGCCCAUGAGAAAGAAUCAAAAUUCCUCUCAUUAGUGCCCAUAGUUUAUAGAAUUCACUGUUCACUUGUUGGCUUAAAAAAGUAUCCAGUCUAUUACAUGCGAUACUGAAGGACUGGAAUGUAACAGAAUUUGUGGUGACGAUGGAAUUGUGCCACUGCGUAAAUUCUGACUUGAUACCAUCACAGUCAUCUGCGCUGACAUGGCCAAGCUGAACCAAGUAGCUCAAAGUGGCAUCUAAAUCUUUUAAAGAGUCAUCAAGAUCUUCUAUUAUGUAUUUAGUCUGUAGCCAUUUUAAACACUGGACAAGCUGAUUUUUCAGUGGAGAUUUUGCAAUUAAUUUCAUGAUUGUUAGCAGAAACUUUCUGCUCUCCAUCUGGAAGUUUAAAAUGUCCCUUGCGCUGGCUUUACUGUUGAUUUCUUUGACAGCAGAUUUGGCUUUGAAACCUAUGUUAAUUUCUCCAGGAGGCAGAAGAUUUUUUAUAUCUGUCAAAUCUGCACUAAUCAGUGCUGUAACGGAAGUGCAUUCCUUAAAAACAGCUGGUGUCACAAAUCUUUGCAACAAUGACCUGCCAUUAACAGGGUAUUUGACCCUAUUGAUAAGCAUUCAUCUCAUAACCUCUAAGCAUACUAAAUGCAUAUAGUCUAAUGGAAACUGGGUAAUCAUGUUGAUAUCUAAUGCACAUAAAGGUGUAAUUCCUUGGGGAUGUUCUUUAGUUUCUAAGUUUCCAUCUGAUUCUUUUUGAAGAAUUAACAUCAGGGUAGACAAGAAUUUCUUGUUUGUUUGCACUUUAGGCGUUCAUAUUAUCCACCAAGUAUAACCCCUCAGCGUACCAAAUGCAUCAAGUCUAAAGGCAACUGGAUAAUCAUGAAAUUGUAGUAUGAGAACAAUAAUGCAAGUUUGAGUUAAAAAUAUGGAAAGUUAAAAAUUUAAUGACUCAAUUCAUAACUAGCAUUGUUUCCAUAGUGGAUUUAAAAUUAAAUUAUUUUUUAAAAAUUUGUUUGAAACAUGCUCAAUCCAGUUAUGUUCUAUUUCUAAGAUCUCAGGUAUUCCUUCAUUCUCCUGAUGUUUUCUUCACUCGAUAGACCGGUCAAGUGGUCAUAAGGUAUUCCAUCAUUCUCCUGAUGUUUUCUUCACUCAAUAGACUGGUCAAGUGGUCAUAAGAUAUUUCAUCAUCUCUUCUGAUGUUUUCUUCACUCGAUAGACCGGUCAAGUGGUCAUAAGAUAUUUCAUCAUUCUCACAAAUUGGGAAAAGUCUGAUUGUGCAAACACAUAGAUAAUUAAUUAAAUUACUUUGUCUCUAUUGUUGUGUUGUUGGUAUUAGGUGUUGGUAUUAGGUGUUUUAUAUGUAGCUCUAAAAUAGUUCUCACACUCAGGCCAUUGCGGUUCCCUAACACUCACAACAUCUAAUAAAUCUAGAAAUGACUUGAUAAGACUUUUCAACUUGAGCAUACCUUUGUAAUACAUGAAGGGGGGGGCACAGUCUGAUGUCAUCAAUUCCUAACAAAUAUCACGUCUUGCCUCAGCUAGAAGAGUGCGUCUCCAACUGUUGUUACUAUCCCAUAACUACUUCCGUCCAAAAUAAUGUACCAUUAAACGUCGCUUCGCUAAAAGGAAAUUCCCGAUUAAACUAAUCCAGACCUAAACCUAUAACACUAUGAAGGUGACAUUUUCUAUCCUAAAUUCAGCAAGAUAAAUUAAGUGUGCCUUAAGUUUCAUUUCUAUUUCUAACAGUGAUAUAUCAUCUGUCAUUUGAAAAUUUGAUGCAUACUCAAUCCUGGUUGUUUUUAUCUUAGCUCCUUUAAUUGUUUGCACUUGAAACUUAGUCUGUACUACAGACAAAGUUUAUCUAACAGUUUCUAUAAUGAAACAAAGUUUAUCUCUCUUUUUAUAUUUAUUAUUUAUAAGAGAUCUAUCAUCUGUUACAGGAUUUGCGUAUAUUUAAAUUUAUUUAUUCAUAUUUAAAUAUAUACAGGAAAAUUUGAUGCAUAUUGAAUUUUGUUUGAAUUUAUCUCUGCUUCUUUCAUUGCUUACACUUGAAACUUAGUCUGUACUGCAGACAAAUCUUGUCAAACAGUUUCUAUUAUGAAAAAAAGUUUAUAUCUCUUUUUAUAUUUAUUGUAAAUAUCAAGUAAUAUUUCUGGCCAAAUCUAAACCAAACCUUUACUAACAGGGCUUUUGACCCUAUUGAUAAGCAUUCAUUUCAUAACCUCUAAGCACACUAAAUGCAUAUAGUCUAAUGGAAACUGGGUAAUCAUGAUAUCUUAUGCACAUAAAGAUGAAAUUCCUUGGGAGAUGUUCUUACAGCCUCUAAGUCUUUUGAAGAGUUGACAUCAAGGUAGACAACUAUUUAUUAUUUGCUAAUAUUAUUAUGUUAGAGACUUAAAGUUAAGCUCUGCUACGUCAUUGGUUUUCUGGUUGAUUCAGGCAACCCAUUCCAUGCUUUAACUUGCAUGGCACCGUAUGAGUUCAUCCUAGCAUAUGGAAUGAGAAAUGUGCCUUUAUCUUUGUGCCUUUCUGAGUAUUUUAUUAGGUGUUUUUUUUUUAUAUUUGUAAAUUAUUGUUUAGUGUGUUAUAUAUUAUGACUGCUUCACUUUAGUCUUCUGUCCUGCAGUGUCGAUUUUUUGUUCCGCCAAGUCUGAAUUCCGACACACAAAAAAAAAAUCGCCGUUUUUUCAUUAUUUAUUAAUAGUGCGAAAUGAAAAUACUGAAUGCAAACUAAAAUAUAUAUAGGUCUGUGUUUAUUGUUUACAUUUUAUCUCCCGGACCCGGCGAGUCCUAAAUUUACGAAGAUAUGGUUGAGCUAGCAGCUAGAUCUAGAUCUACUGAUCUAGUAGUCUAGGUCCAGAUACUAGUCUAGAUCUAAUCUUAGAAUCUAGUAAGUGCUAAUAAGUUAAUAAGCCAAAUUUUCCAUUUAAAUCCCUUUCUUUUCCCGUCUAGUACUAGAUCUAGUCUAGUAUACCGACUAGGACUAGAUCUAUAUUUUUAGUGAAUUUUAGUCUAUUCUAGUUUUUGAGUAGAUCUAGUCUUUAUAGAUAGUUUCAUAUAGUUAGUAUAGAUCUAGAUCUGAGUAACACAACUGAACUGGUUUCUAAGUAAAAUCUAAGAAAAGGAUUUUUAACAAAAUACGUUAUUAAAGAUCUAGAUCUAGACGUAGAUUCUAAAAUGUAAUUAAUUAACUUAGACACAGUAAGGCUAAGGCCUAAAUUAUUUGAGUAAAUAAGGCUAUACUGGCUAUAACUAUAGAUCUAGAUCUACUAGAUCUAAUUAAAAUAAUUACAUUUUUAAUUUAUUUACAUAGUGACUUUUUUUAGAAGUAGAACUAGCACUUAGACUAGAAUCUAGAUAACUAGAUGUCAAUAACUAAAUCUAGAUCUAUCUAGAGUCUAGAGAUAGACUUAGAAGGGGAUAGAUCUCUAGAUUCUAGAUCAUUUAUAUGUAUCAUUAUUGCACAUUAUGUAAUAAAUUUAGUUCUCAAUAAGUCUAUAGAUCUAGACAUAAAUAUUUAGAUCUAGAUCUAUAAUUAUAAUAUAAUUAUUAUAAUCUGUGUUCUUAGACUUAGAGGACUUAUUAGAUGUAGAUCUAGACUAGUACUAGUCUAGUUACUAGUAACCUAGUAGACUCUUAAAUUAUGUAUUUUAGAUCUAGAACUAGAGACAGCAUCUAGAGUGACUAGAGUAGAGCCCUAGAAAAGGAUAGAUAAUCAAGUAGAUCUAGAAUAAUCUAGAUCUAGUCAUUAGAUUUAGAUCUAGUAGUAACAAAUAAAAAUAGUAACAUUUGAGUCUAGACUCUAGGUCAUUAGAAUACAUUUUGGUUAUAAUUCGUCAUAUAGGAGUUAGAACUAUUGAUUUCAAACAAAGGACAAAAUUAUGAAUUAAAGGUUUUCUUACUUUUAAUUAUACUAAUUACAUCUAAUUUAUAAGAAGCAAACUAGUAUUGUUGUUAAAGUAAUAUAAUUGAAGUUUUAUUUAUAAUGCCUACAGUAUGGCUGACAAACGUAAACCCGCAUAUGUUCCACAUUGGGGCCCAAAAUUCCACAUUUUCAACCUGAGUGUUCCACAUUCUGGGUCUUGGGGGUAGGCAUGUCUGGUUUUACCAUAACUCGCUCUCUCUAUGUAAUAUUGUUUUUUUUUUUUAAGUUUGACUAAAUUAUUAUAGUUCUUAAUUUUCUUUUUAUGUAUUUUCAUUUCUUUAUGUUAUUACUGAAACUAAAUAUUUUUUUGUUGGCUUAUAUGCUUAUCCUAUUUCUAACAUUGAAUAUUUAUGAUAAAUAAACAUAAGACAUAUGCAAGUCUAUAUAGUGUCUCAAUUUUGAACGCAUAUUUUCUCAAUAUCAUGUUUUAAUAUACUACGAGUAAAACAUUGGCUUCUUGUUGUUUGUACAUCUAGUUAGAUCUAGAAAAUGAUAUCAUUUCCUUUGUUCAAAACUUAUUGAUUCAAUCUGUUAACAUUCCAUGCACUAUUGUUUAAACCUAACAAUAUGCCAAAUUUCUUGAAUGAAGUAUUAGUAUGUUAAAAAUAUUGAUAUAUAUGUAUAAAAAAAAUAAAGUCUGAUGCAUUCCUUCUGUUACAAAUCAUGUUUAUAUUCAUAGCAGGGCUCAAUGUAGUUUUACUCUACCUCCAGGGUUGACAGUGUAAAUGUGUUAUUUGUAGGAUUUGAAGUUAGUUGGAGACUGGAGUUUGAGAGAGUUAGAUGAUAGUUGGUAGAGUAGGAACCUAUCAGAGAGUCUGUGUUGGUACGGCCGAAUUGCACGCAAUAUCGCUUGCACUUAUGGCCGUAAAAGCAUCAGAAAGGAGGAAAUUUAUAAUCUGCUCCGACUCCAAAUCUGCAUUGCAAGCUUUGGGUCGAAUGAAGACUGACAUCCCAUUGGUACAUAAGAGCCUGAAGCUGUUGGACCAAAUAACAGCCGACCUUAGGGAUGUCACCUUCAUCUGGGUCCCCUCCCAUGUUGGCAUUGAGGGAAACGAAGCCGCAGACAGAGAAGCAAAGAGAGCCCUAAAUCAUGCGGUGUCAGGAACCCAAAUUCCCUACUCGGACCUGAGACAAAGUAUUGCCUCUGCCACCUAUCGAGAGUGGCAGAACCGAUGGGAGGCUGAGACUCACGACCAUGUCCAGACUUAGGAUUGGCCACACCUACAUCACGCAUGAAGAGAGAGGAGCCCCCACUUUGUGAGUACUGUGACUCUCGCCUCACCGUGGAACAUAUCCUCGUUGAUUGCCCCAGAUACCAGGAUGUCAGGGCGAAAUAUUUUAGAGCCACUAAUUUAUAUACACUAUUUGAUAAUGUCGACCCUGGGAAGGUACUGGGCUUUAUCCGGGAAGUGGGGCUAUCUACGAAGAUCUGAUUUAUGAAUUUGUGUGAACAUUCACUAUUUACAUUAGAUUUUUACCAAAUAUUUAAAUUUUUACUACCUUUACUAUUUUAACUGUGAAUAGACCUUGAUUUUAAUGAUAUGACUGUAUAGAAUCUGGCCCUUUGUUGUUUAGAGAGAGAGGGAUCCUUAGGGGACUGCAGGCACGACAUGGCCUAAAUUGUGCCGAUGUGCCUCAAAUCAAAAAUCAACAUCAGAGUCUGUGUUGGACCAUGUAAUGAACUUAUUUCUUUUCAUUCAUCCGAUGAACCCCAUAACAUUGAUUGAUUGUAGAUAAGUUAGUUUCAUAAAGUGUCUUAUUGACUAUACUUACGAGUUGAGUUUCUUUGGGGAGUUUGCUCCACUGGUAAAUGUUAAGGUGUCCAUGUGAUCAAACGACUGAACUAGGGCUUGCAGUUGCUCGCCAGUGAUCCAACUCCCUACACUAGAAUCUAGUAAAGAUAAUUCUCUCACAGCCGUUAAAAGUUAGCAAAUUUAGUGACUUUAAUUUAAACUCUAGAUUUAAGGUAGAUUCAGUGAAGACAAUUCGCACACAGCCGUGAAAAAAACGCGAAUUUAGUGACUUAGAUUCAGACUCUUCACAACUACCCAGGAAAAUGCUGAUAUAUAGGCACUUUGUGACAGUUCAUGAAAAUUAUGUCCUAUGCAGUCUCCCUGCAGGGGAUGAAAGCUUGCAGGUUUCGAACUCAGGACCAUCAUGAUGAAAACUGUAAACAAAUUUAGUAGUAAAAUGUAUUCACAUUUUUUAAUGAAAUUCCUGUUACAUUGAACAUCCUUCAAACAAGUAUUGCCAGUUUAGAUUAUAAAUAAUGUACAUUUCUUCCUUAGGCCCCCCCCCCCCCCAACUAUUAGUAGGCUUGUAAAUUAACUUAAAUAUGUCUUUCAAAAGAGUCAUGGAUCUCUUAGUUUUGGAUGUGUAUUUCUGCUCCAAUUAUGUAUAUUUUUAUUUCAUAAGAUUUUGAAUUAUAAUGAGUGGCUUUAAUGUUAUUCAAUAAAAGGUUUUUCAGUUGGUU